AUGUGUAAAGAUGAAGCCAUCGAAGGUGUUACCAGACUACUUCUUGACGUGUUCGUACCAGUCAACACAGAAAACAUCUGCAACUGCUCUCUUCACGCAUCACAACACAUGCAGAUUAGUAUAAUUCCGGUCCAACUUCCAGACGUGAACUGUAAAUCAACACUGACUAUAGACACACAGAUGACUUAUAGUUGUGUAAAUGAGAACAAUUCAGUCGGGUAUGGAGAACAUAUUGUACGUAAUAUUACUCAAGCUAGUAAUUUGAUUGAGCUGCAAACAAGCAAUGUGCCCAUAAAAAAAACUUACUGUCUAAACAUCUACAGUAAAGGAGGCGGAGGUUCGUUGACUCUUCAGUGUUAUUCGCCAGACGGUAGAUCGAUGACGAGAUCAACCCAGUCAGACGAUAAAACCACCUCACAGAGAUCCACAACACCAGGUUCAACACGAUUAGAAUCAACCAAGUCAGACGACAAAACCACCUCACAGAGAUCCACAACACCAGAUUCAACACGAUUAGAAUCAACCAAGUCAGAAGACAAAACCACCUCACAGAGAUCCACAACACCAGGUUCAACACGAUCAGAAUCAACCAAGUCAGAUGUGACAGUUUCACAGCCAACAGAGCCAACCAAGUCCACGAUAUCAGAUACGACAGUUUAUGGAUUGAAGACGAACAGACAGUCAGGCGCAGAAGAUUUUCCAGUUCCAGCUGUAGCAGGUGGUGUCGGUGCUGUAGUGGUAAUUGCCGUAGUGGUCAUCGUCGUUGUCGUCUUGGUCAAAAGGAGACACAACAAGAAACAUUGUCAUAAUCCGGACAACGAUGGAGACUAUUGCAACAUGGACGCGGAUCCUUACAAAUACCAGAACACCAAAUCAUCUGGAAGACAUUCAGGAGUUUCAGCAGACCCAAACCAGACUGGCAACGAGACGGUUCGCUCACCAUCAGACGACUAUGCAUCUAUUGAUGACGAAGCAAGAGGCAUUACUCGGAAACCGCAGGUCGCCCUAAAACCAAAGCCACCUAGUACAAGUAACCAUGGUGACUUCCAACCAGAAUCUGACCACGAUGACGUGUCAAACAUGUACGCCAAGGUUAACAAAAACAAGAAACCGGCCAAAUCUGUGAAUGAAGCCGCCAUGCCAGUUAUGCACGUUAAUGAGCUGUAUGCUGUGGUUGACAAAACUAAAAAGACGAAACCGUCUUUGAAGUCUAAACCUUCUGGUGAUGUGUACGCCGUGGUAAACAAACACAAGAAGUCCGGAGGGAAGAGUUCGGAAUCCAAAGGUCAAGAUCCUGAGUCUGAGAUAACCGGUGAUGUCUACACUGAAGUUCGGAAACCGAAGAAGUCUGGAAAUAAGCCGAACAUCCCUAAGGUUUCACCAGGACUCAUUUACACUGAGGUGGAAUUUGAUGAAAACACAGACGAAGCACAUGGAGCCACAGGAGGGGAUGAGAAGACAGACUCAGUUGCAACAGUGCAGGAUCGUGUUCUGUAUUCUGAAGUUUGUUGAAUAGUUCUAUGUAGGUGAUACCAGCGAUGUACCCAUUGGUCGGGCGACUGAGUAGGUCGGUGUACAACGAGUUCUGCUAGCCUAGCUAAACCUCUCUUAAACCCACUUUUAGUAAGACAUUUGUGUCCGACUAACCGCUUUCACUGUCGUUUUUACAUGAGGUUUUACAUCGUAGAAUUUUCAACAAACCAAUCUCACCAUCCUCUCCCCAUCUUUAAGUGUCAGACUUGCUGCACUUACGUAACGAUCGUCCCUGGCAACUUCUGAAAUGCCAACAUUAGUACUAAUAGUAACGUCAGCUUUGCAAGUUCUUCUCAAAGAUCAGCGAUAUCAUUGUAUAUGUUUCUGUAAAGAACUCGGGUCCAUACUGAUUAUAAACAGGCUUAUAUAAAAAAUAAAAAUCUCAGAUGUAAC